ACACAAACUAAGCUGCACUAAUUUCAAUCAGAAAUAGUGGUUCGGCAAGAUGCAGCAUCGCAGCUUGUCUAAACAAAAGCGGUCUCAUCAAGAGCCCAGAUAUCAUAAUGCAUUCAUCACUCGCGAUCAGCGGAGCCCGACCGCGUCGGCUUUUUGGUGGUGACGACGAUGACGACGAGCGCUUUGAUUGGAACGCCCCUUGAUGCGACGCGCAUAUCAAUUAAUUACCUGCGACGACUGUUACAUUUGGCUGGGCCGCGGUGGACACCGCUUUAUGCGGGAUUGGGCAACCCAUCAGUCAGGGGAUAUUACAACAGAAUACCUGCGGACCGAUUGCAAAUCGCUGGGCAGCCGGACGCACUGCAGUUGUUGGCCGAAUUUAUUCAAAUCAGUUUGAUUCCGCGUGAGGAAGCGUAUAGGUGUCGUCUCUGCUCCGAUCAUCGUCCACUUGCAAUGUGCAAAUACGUCUUAAUUGCUGCACUGGCCGUAAUGGUAAGCGGGCGUUCAAUUAAUCACUAAUCACCGAAUUAACAUUGCCCUUGGCUGCACCACAUAAAACACAGGGCUCCAUGGACUGCGUGCUGGCCACGCUUCACCACCUGCCCGGGGCCUUUGACUUUGACUUCUCCAACGUGGAUCUGGUGAACUUCCAGUACUUUAAGAACCUGCCUUCCCAGUAUCCCCGUACUGCAGCCACCGCGAAUCCGUUCCUAGAGCACUUUCAGAAGAAGAAGGCAGUGCUGGACUAUCUGGACCGCUUGUUCUUUGGGAAUUCGCCUUUCCAGCAGCCCAGCGAGAUUCCCUUUGAUCCGCACUUUGGUCGCGCCUGGCGGCCGGUCUACGAACGGAAGUUUGGUCAUCGUGGUGAGCGCCUCAUCGCAGCCCUGGGCUCUGGUUACUCCAUCCGCCAGCUGCGACACUUUGGAGCCAUUCCGCAGGAGUUUGGCACGGCUCACUAUCCCAGCUGAGGCGGGGGAUUG